UUCCUGCACUGGCUGGCUUCCUGCGAAAAGGGGUUCAGCCUAGGCGCUUGCGCAGUACGGAGGAACUCGGCCGACUGACAGCUGGGCUUGCGGGCGGUGCGCAUUGGGAGAACCUGGGUGCUGCUGCUGCUGCGGCCGUGGGAACUGGAAGCAGCCUGCCGGGCCAUCCCGCCGCGAAAAUCAUCUCAUAACGAAGAAGAAGGAAGAAGGAAGUAUUGGUCAAGUCUGACAAUCUACACAUCUUCCCUAUCCAAAGCCUCUCAUUUCCUCAAAGAAAGGAGGCAGAAGAUGGGAUACAAACUUCAUUUUUGGAAUCUCCAAUUCAUGAUGCCUUAGGACAACAUGAGGAUGUCCUGUGAGUCCUGUGCUUUGUAGCCCACAUAUCUCAAGUGACUCUGGUACUCUAGACUGCUGCAUUGUUCCCCCACUCCCCCCAACCAAGAAGUCCAGUUGCCCACUGAUUGUCCUCUCAGCAUCCUAUCUGAGCCAUGGAUGCCCCCGAUGCUGCUGUGGCAUCUCUGAUUGACUUUGACAGUGAGCCAUCGACCCUGGCCCCCUCAGAAUCACACCCUUUGAAACCCCGAGAUGGAAGUAACUCUCUUGGUGAUGGGGCAUCAGAAAGCGACACCACAGAAUCGGCAGAUAGUGAGAAUGAUAUGGGGGAGUCCCCCACUCACCCAACCUGGGACCAUUAUCACCGCUCAUCGUCCAAUGAGUCCUUCUCUUCCAACCAGAGUACGGAGUCAGCCAAAGAUGAGGAGUCUCUGGGACUCCGGGAAUUUAUGCGUAACUAUGUUGAAAAGAUCUUCUCUGGAGGAGAAGAUUUGGACCAAGAAGAGAAAGCCAAGUUUGGAGAGUUCUGCAGCAGUGAAAAUGGAAAAGGUCGCGAGUGGUUUGCCCGAUAUGUGAGUGCACAGCGCUGCUAUUCCAAGUGUGUCUCAGAGGCGACUUUCUACCGUCUGGUGCAGUCCUUUGCAGUGGUGCUGUUUGAGUGUCAUCAGAUGGAUGACUUUGGACCAGCGAAGAAUCUAAUGACCAUGUGCUUCACAUACUACCACAUUGGUAAACCUCACAUGUUGCCUCUGGAAUCCAAGGAGAAACCUGCAGGCAGCAUCGACUCCUACCUGAAGUCUGCUAAUAGCUGGCUGGCGGAAAAGAAGGACAUCGCAGAACGUCUCCUGAAGAACACAUCUGCAAAAACGGAAAAUGUGAAAGGCUUCUUUGGAGGCUUGGAAACCAAGCUAAAGGGACCACUGACCAAGAGAAAUGAGGAGGAUGAAGAUAAACCGAAGAAGCAGCAGAAGUCUGUGACGAUGUACAGCCCAGAUGAAGAAAAGAAAGGGGAGAAGAUCUAUCUGUACACUCACCUGAAGCAACAACCUAUCUGGCAUACCUUGAGAUUCUGGAACGCAGCUUUUUUUGAUGCUGUCCACUGUGAGAGAAGGAAAAGAUCGCCUACUACUAGAGGGAAUGCUGGAGAGGAAGAAGAAAAGAGGGAGAAGUGGUGUCACAUGACCCAAGAGGAAAGGGCUGACAGUCUUCGAUUCAAUGAGAACAUUACCUUUGGGCAGCUUGGCACAUUUACUCACAACAUGUUGGCUUUUGGGCUGAGCAAGAAGCUGUGCAAUGACUUUCUGAAGAAGCAGGCGGUGAUUGGCAAUCUGGAUGAAGAGCAAUACAAGCUGCUGAGUGACCAUAUUGAGCAAAUGACUAUGGAGUAGCUCUGACGAGGACCAAAUCUGCAGCAUCUACUGAGGGAGGAGUACAGGUGGAAGUCUCCUCCCCAAACACCCAGGACCAACAACCAGCUCUUAGCACCAUUGCAAUUAACCUGCAUGACUGUCAGCCAUACUUAGAGCCCCGAUCUGCCAGUAGACAUAGGAGUGAAGAAAAACUUUGUCCUUUCCCCUUGCCUCAUCCUCUCUUGUGUGUGUUCUACACACCAGAAACCCUCCUCAGUUUCUAUGGUGAAAGCAGAAUUGAUGAGCUGUCUUUACAGACCCAAGCAUCCCCUCUAAAAAGUGAAGACCUUUAAAGAAGAGGAAGGGAGGACUAUUUGCAAGGGCAAGUCAUGGGGCAACACCCCUUACUGCCACAGGGUCCUGAAGGACUCUUGCUAGUUGCUGGCUAUGAGACUUUGGAAGAGGGGGCAGGAUCAUUGGACCAACAAAACUGAAUGCUGGGAACUGGGGGGUGAGGGAGUGGAUUUGGUGGGAAUGUAAUGCAUGCAUGUCCAUGUAGUUGUAAGAUUAUAGAAUGUUGUAGAAAGGAUCUUCCAAUGUAGAUUAUUAAAACUGGAACUUUCCCCUGAGAUUUAACCCAAGCUCGCCUUUUUCAGAUGAGGAAAUUGGUCCCAGAGAAAGUGAGUGACUUGUUUAUAUUAAAGUUGAUUUAGGAAUCAGAGGAGCUGAGCCCUGGCCUUUUGGUCUUUAAGUUGUACCUCAGUGUCUCUUAUGUAAAGAUAAAUCUGUGGUCUACAGGUUUGGGAUAUUGCAGCUCUGAUGCCCACUAAUAUGAAAGACUACAUUCCAUAAGUUAGUGUUGGAGUGCUAGCAUCCUUUCCCACAGGCUUGAGAUGUCAACUCUCUCCCAACCAGGCAGAUGACCCUAUUCCAAAUUGUGGCCAUCUUUAAUAGCUGGACUUCUCACUGAAGUCUUACCUGGGAGGAGAGAAGCAUUGAACCCAGCAAACCUCCCCUUUGCUUGUUCCUUCUCCUUCAUUUGAAUGAAGUUGGGGAAGUCACAAGAAGAAAGGACAACCUCCAAUUUUGCAGAAAUAAGGGCAGAAAAAUUUCCUUCCUGACGACAGCAAGGAUUGAACCUGAGGCUAUCAUUAGUGGAGAAUUAUAGUUAGAUGUGUGAAUGAGGCAGUGCUCUGGAGACACAGUAGGAUUUGUGUGGACUUAUUUGAGAUGAAUCCUAUCAACACAGAUGUGUCUGUGCCAGACUGCCUUGGAAGCUUUCAGGGUCAGUGAUUCCCUUUUCUUUUGUAUAUGACAUAUUGAGGGCAGCUCUGGGCUGCCUGCUUCGAAGGAGAUGCAAAAGAGGAAGUCUGUCUGUUCUUCUGGUACCCAGAGCUGCUGUCCUUCCUGAAAUCAAACAUCAAUGCAAUUUUCCUUGUUGGGCACAAUCUCCUUUCCCCCAUUCCCCUCAUAUAUAAUAUCAUAUAUUUAUAUAUGUACAUAGAGUAUCAAACAGUUCAGUGUUACAUUAAUCUUGGUGUGAGAUGGUUAAAGGAGAAGCAACUUAUGGUGGAACUUGGCCAAAUUUGGGGAGGGAGACACCCCCCAAGAGGACUCCAUGGAGCAAAGCUUUGUAUCUGAACCAGUGUAUAUAUGGAAUAAGUUCUUAAGUUGUGACCCUGAUUAUUGUGGAUGUUUAAUGUUUUUUUUUCUUCCAAUAUUCCAGUUAUUACUUACAAAACAGCCUAUGGAGAAAGUCAAAAGCUGGUUUCCCAAGUGCCCUUGUUGGCACAUAAAUGAAGUGUGUUUUUCCAUAUCACUGAGCCACAGGCUUACCAUAGUUGGGAGAGGGGAGGAAGAGAGUAUUUAAUGGAGAUCUCUGCUUUCCUGCUUGUUCAUCCUCCUUGCUUAUCACCUCAAGCACCUUGAAUCAUUUCCUCCAAUUCUCUGCAAAUGCUAGUGAGUUCCAUACUCCUUGGAAGCUCUGGCUUCCGGUUUCCGCCUGAAGCACCAGAUUAGACUUAGGUGCAUGAUGUAUUCUUAUUUUUAAAGUCAUUUAGUUAUAUGUUAAGGUUUAAGUUCCCCCGAAUCAUGUUCUGUGCUCCUUGAGUAAAUGUUUCUAGUGAUGACCCACUCCUAUCUUUCCCUGGUUACAAAGCUAGUCAUCUUCCUUCCCACUUCAAGGGAAGGUUUUCUAUAGAAAUUAAGAAAAAAUAAUUUUGUCUGGGUUCUUUUCUCCUUUCCUUUUCCAGUUGAUAAGCACUCCCACCAAACCAGCCACUUUAUACCCUGGAUACCUCCCAUGAAUGUCGUGGACAAAUGACUGAUAGACACUUCUAAAAAUGACCAUAAUCCAUGGCCAGGUGAGCCCAAAACAAAUAGCACAGAGUGAAUAAGCAAUAAAUAGGAUGUAUCUUUUGGGCAUUUGUGACCCUAAGAAAGGGAUAUGCCAAUCUGAAUGUAUUUGUAUGAUUGAUCACCUCCAGAAAUUAUGGGGGUUUGAAGCACUUCAUUUUUCUUUUUCAGUAAUACCACAAUUUAAAAAGCCAUGUAUGAUAUUCUUGAGCCAGCUUCAUUGUUGGGCCCAUGAUGGGCACUAGUGCCCUAUAGAUGGAGUACUAAGUCCAUGACAACAAAAAAAUCUUGUAACCAAUGGUAGGGAAUCCCCCAACAAGUCAACAGGUCCCUGCCUUCUCCAACAUCCUUUUUGAAACUUUUUUCAUGGCAUUAAUUCUCAUCUAUGUUCUAUGCACAAUAACCCCACUUAUAAAAUAGUUUGGGGGAAAAUAAUCUCUAAAGUCCCUUUCUCCUCUGAGUCUUUCUCUGAGUCUUGAUCUGUUUUCCAUAGAAGAAUUGCUAGUUAUUGUGAUUACCAUAGCGUUUAGUCUUUGCUCUGAAGUUUUCCCCUGUGAAUGCUUUGUAUCCAUAAGCACAUUUGAGUCAGGUUUUGGAUUCUCUUAUUGGAUCUCCUUGGAUUUUCUUUCCUCCUGAUGCCUUCUUCAUGGGUUAUAAAAACCCAGCUUGCCAUUGAGAGACUGGGUGCUAAGGACAGUUGCCCUUUGGAAAGGAUUUUGGACAUCCUCCCAUUUUCCUUUGCAUUUUAGAACAUUUCGAACAUUUGUUCUUUUUUAAUAAAGCCUCUUUACCUUAGUAUAGCCUUCAGGCACAUCUUUAGAAACUAAUUUAGAAUAGAGGAAAAAGGCUUUCUCUUGGUUGCUACUUCUGUCAGAUCCUUAUUUAUAUCUAAAUCAUAUUCCAAGAAGCUCCAGUGAAACCAAGAAUUGGGUAGGAAAGAUAGAUUACCGGAUUCAGUCCAUGCUUCUGGAUGGCACCAAAGGCUAGGGAAGGGAGAUUUGUACAGGAUUUUAUUUGGGUCUUCCUGAAGUCUCUUCUGGCUUAAAAUCUAUUAAUCCUGUGCUAGAUGCUUGCCUGAGCUUGACUGUGCUGACUGCUGGGAAUCGAGCUCUCCUUGAGAAGGGCUAUUUAUUGCUCUGUUGCCUGCUGUUCUGUACAAUAAGAGUAGUGCAAAAUAUGCUGAUCUACAUUCCUCGGUCCUGUCAUGUCACCCAGGAAUCUGAUUCUGCCUUGUUUACCCCUAGGCAGAACAGAUCCAGAUGAUCCAAACAGUUGCCCUUUCCUAGGAUGUUCCUCUUCAACAAAUGCAGAUUUCAAAAACAUUCUGUUUGUAGAAAAGCAGAUUGCAUACAUAUGUUUUGGAAUGAGUGUAUGUGAUAACCCGUUGUUGCAAAACUCAGGGACAUUUGGCUCCGUGUGAGAAGCAUCCGACAGUACCGGAGAUGUCUUUUCUGAGGGCAAGAAAAGAACAGCUUUCAGAGCUCAGGGCUUUGCACCUUUCUGCUCAGAAACCUCAGUGCAAACACUGCCAGUAAGAGAUUUUCAUUGUCUGACCUUGGGGAACCAUCUUUGUUCCAACCAAUUCAGUCAGCUUUUCCAGAAAGCAAAAUCUUAUACAAUCUACAUGAUACUUAGGUUUUUUUUUUUAAAUUUUAAAUAUUGUAGAAUAAACCUGUAUCCUUACAUUGUAGGAUUGCUGAAAUGAAUUUUACCCCUAUAGAUUUUAUAGGAUUGUUUUAUUGAUUUGAUUUUUUUAUUGGUCAGAUCAGUAUGAUUUGGUCAUUUUACCAGGUAUAGAGUCAAGCCCUCAAGGUAUCUUAACCUAGAAAGACCAUUGUCCUUUCUAGGAUAAUGUUAAAUUAGCUGUUAAAGUAGCUGGCUGAUAGCAGGGUUUUUCUUCUUUUAAUAGAAGAGGAGGUUU